CGGGAUCGGUAUUUGCGCGCGAAAACAUGCCUCGGACAAAUUGAUCAAAGAGAUUGUCCUGUGGAGGUUACGGAAAAUGAGAUCCUAACGCCUAAAAAAUGUGAACCAUUACCACAUACCGAAAAAACAGGGCGUUUGUGCACCAAUAACAUACAGGUACACCGAAGUCUGCAGACUGCCGAUGACUUUGAGCCACUCCAGGAAGCGCAUGGUCCCCACAGCCGUUCUCUAUGGCUCUCUAGCUAUCUUUUCUUUAACUGAGUUGGCCCGCUCGAUGGGUAAAACCCACGUCAGUCGUCUUCCCAGCAAUACAACAUGGGCAGAUACAAACCAGCUUAUACAGCGUACAAUACUGCAUCUCACUGUGAUAAAAAUUCGAACGAACAGAUUCGGAAAACGGAUUCCGAUUGGUGCUUACACUUUGUAGCUUGAGUGUCCUAGUCCUAGAGUCUACCUGACUCCUCCUUCAUCACCGUUCCUACAAGCGAUUGGAAUGGCAUUCACCGUAAGCAUGUACUUGAGGUUUUACCAUUUUCUUGCAGGCGAUAUGGACCAACUGAAGAAUAAACUGGAGUUCAUAGAUGGUAAUGUUCAGUGUCUACCUAAUAGACUGUUGAGAAUACAUACAUAUGGAGACACUGGAGUAUGUGAAGAGUUACAUGAGAUCGAUGGCUGCAACCAUUGCCGGGCAAACAGGGCAGCAGGCAACGCCGCUUCCUUCGCAAAUUACAUCGGUGGAGGAACUACAGUCAUUUGUUAUACUAAUGCAGGAUGCAUUCAACAAUUGUCUAAACUGAAAGGUGUGCAUGGAGACACGUUGUCGGAGACUGUACGCCUCAUGAUGCAGCGUCUUCUAACGCGGUCAUUGAUGGCGGAGAUCAAUUACUCCGGUCUCCGCAACAAACACGGAUUCCGGAAGAUGAAGCUAUUCACCGAAGUGCAAG